GUGAUAUCAACUUACAAUGUGAAAAAUUUCGUUCAUACGCCAAUCUCAGUCAAUCUGAAUAGAUAUUUUGAUUUUCCUGCGAACGCAGUAAAGGAAGCACAUAAAGGAGUUCUUUACCGACUCUGCUACAAUGGAAUCAGUGACCGCAUCGAUGCCUCCGUUCCGGCGGCUGCUAUCUGGCGCCGGUCAGAUGAGCUAUCAGAACACUGUUGCUGUCAAGGAAAAGGAUGAGAUUUGGCUUGGAUUCAUCCAGGAUAUCAAUGGGGGCCAAGCGUUUAUCGAUUUUGACUCGAAGAAGGAAAAGGCCAGGUGGAUCAAUGCAUCGGUUGUGUAUUUAAUGCCGUGGUUUGACACGAAUCAUCAGCGCGACAAACCCGUUUUCGCGGCACUCCGCGACGAAGACGACGGACCGUUCCGGUUUCAAUCGGUUUUUAUAAAAUAUUCUUUUGCGGCAUGUAAUCGAUGUGUGAUGUAUUACGUCGAGACAAAUAUCCAGAGCGGCGAUUCGACCAACCCUCGCAUCGAGCUGGUGGAUUAUCGUCAAAUCCUCGGACCCGAGUGGUUCACUGAGCCUCCAUUGCUGUACCGCAACAGCGGGCUCUUAUGUACUAAGUAUUUUGUUCCCUCUGCCACGACGAACCAGAUCCUCAGCAAACCAACCGACCGAUCGCGAAUUAUUAAACAUUUUCGCGAAGCUUUUGAGAGCGAUCCCGUGCAAGCUACCAUACUACGGCGGGACUGCUGCCGAUUUCAUCUGCGCAUCGAAGCGAAAGGCUGUGUGUUUGUGGUCAUCAGCACCGAAGCGAACGCGGACACAAAGGAAAAGACAAUUAUAAAGCUCUCGACAAUUCUGGAAAGGCAUUUAGUGACCCGGGCCAAUCUGAUGCCCAUUUGUUUUUGGAAGUGCCCCACUAACGAAACUCAUAUCUGCAUGGCAGACUCUCGAAUGGAACUAUUUUGUUCAGAGGCCUUGCUUGGCUACCUGCCUCAUUGGAUCUUCAGUGAAAUCUUUUCUUAUCUGGACCUGCAUUCACAGUUGAAGUUCCAACGAGUGUGCGCAUUAUGGCACGAACUGCUACGAAGUCCCCAUACAACCGAGCACGUCCGCAUAUGUCUGGACUGCAUGACUAAAGCAUCUACGUCCGACAACUACAAUUGCUCCCAAGUGGCAGCGCUGCUCACUCGCACCAUCAACUCAACGACCAAAAGUCUCACCAUAGUGACGGAAUCUCUUAGCGAGUACGAGUUUUUUCCUGUUUUCCUCCUGAUGGGUAUGGAAUUGGUCUUGGAAGUUCACGUGCCUCUGGUAGUACUGAAGGACUAUAUCCUUGGCAGCUAUAAAGCGAUUAAGUCGGUGUGUUGUGCGUUUCACUUGGAACAUCCUUUGGUGAGUGAUGUGGUCAGCCUUCAGCACAGAUGUGAGCGGAUCAUACUGCAUAAUUGGAAAAUCAGCCACCUCUUUGGCCGACCAAUGUACGAAAUCUUUGCCCAGAAGAGAUUUAUGUACCUGCGGCCGCUGCCACAUCGGGAAAAGAAUUUAAUGCUGCCUCUAGGUUGGGACCACGUGCUCGCCAUUGAUCAGCUGGAGAUCACGGUGGAACGAGUCGUUCUGGACUGUGACCUUGACCAGGCAAACAUGGUCAGCCGCAUCAUGUCGGCCGUGAACGAAACCUUUCCGAUUGUUACGGAUGAAAUGCAUGCAAAGGUCAAAGCCAUUUACGCCCGUUGGGUGCGUAACCUUGUCUAUCCGACUGAGUGGGAAACCAUUCGUAGCUAUUUAUCACUGUUUAGUGGCUUUUAUUCGGACGGCACAUUUCGUUCAUGGGUGGGCGUCGACCUGAGAGUAGUGGAUCCUGGCGACCUGAGCAAAAUGGCAUUGUACGGAAUCAACGAAAUAUUCCUGGUUGACCAGUAGCCACGCAUGCCGUGCUUGAUGCAGACACUACUGACGCGAUACUCUGGGCAGCAAUUGUGGCUCGUGGUCACAAUUCAGUUAACCAAAUGCAAACCGAAACAACCGAAUAAGUGGACAUUUUGAAUUUUUCGCUAAAUAUUACUGUGUGGCGACUUAGUUUACUAGUAAAGUGCACUACCUUUUUGCAGGCACUGCAUGACCGAAGCGUAGCGUUCACUUUCAUUACUUAAAGGAUAAGAAUUAAUUUUGUCGGGUUAUUGCUAAUGAUAACGUUAGUUUAAUUAGUUCUUUCUGCGAGAACUGCACUGCAUAUGAUAAAUGUUGCUUGCUUUA